AUGUUUUAAUAUCUCUCUGAUAUUGAAAUACUGUGACGUAGACUGUUUUCCAAUGUUUGAACGGGAUAAAAGGAUAUCCGCAGUCCAAUACAAACACAAUUUUGGUAAUGUCAGGAUUCGGUUCCUGUAAAACGUAGGAAAUGUGACUUACGAUGCUUUUUCUCUGUGAUUUUCGUCUGCAACAAAAAAUCAGAGUUAUGUUUGAUUUUUUCGAGCGAUCAUCCAUCGAGAGUAAACAAAUAUUUGUUUUCAUUUUUGGAAUGGUCGAAAAGGUUUGUGACUUUAGAUCGUUUAUCUUUAUGUAAUACCAUACAUUUCAACAUAAUAAUUCAAUUUAUCGAAAUUAUUAAAAUAUAGCAUAUUUCAUAUUUUUUUUAACUGAAAUAACACCACAUGCAUGGAUAAAAUUCACUUGACAUCUUAUAAUUUAGGUACAUGGAAGUUAUAGUGUCAUAAUAUGCAGCACUUUACGUUACGACACCUUAUAUAUUUCAAGAUCAUUCGUUGCUAUAUUUUUCAGCUCUAACAGGAAAUUCUUAAUUUGACGACAGCAGAUUCUUUUCAAUUAUCUCUUAUAUUUGUCACAGAAUUCCUAUAAAAAAUCUGCAUUCGAACGAUAUCUGGUGCUCCUUACAUUCCCAGCUUGAAAUUUCACAAAGAUCUGGAUAUAUAUUGAAAAUUGCUGUUCCCAAAUAUGGAGACAUCUAAAUUGACAAGCGACAAUAAUGUGAAUACCUGAGUCAUUUCUUCCUUGAUAGGACCAGUCGUUGUACAUCCUUUAUCCAUUUGUCGCGUAUAUCUAAUUUUUCCGAAUUACUCGUUAGUCAUAGUAAAUUCAUGUCCAUAACAUGUCUAAUAUCUGCUAGUUAAGUGUUAUUUCAUUUCAGUUACUGAGUACGUCUUUCUCGUACUUUACCGUGAUAUGCUCAAGUCAAUAGAAUGUUUAAAGCAUCAUGGACUUAUGGUGUUGACAGCAGCGAAAUUGUUACUUGAAGUCAGAUUUCUGAUAGUCAACGUGUUUAUUCCACAUUUUAGUGAAUAACGCUGAUGCUUCUUCAAUGUGCUUUUUAAAAUACAUACACUAAGAGUUACUACUUUACCAUAGUGUUAACUGUAAUAGCUAGUAUGAUGUUGUUGCGCAUUAAUGUAGUAUAAUAUAUAGUCACUCUCUUCUUUCUUUCAAUUUUAUACUGAACGAUAUACUAUAUUUUUAAAUUAGAAACUUAAUAUCAUCUGUUCCAUGAUUUUUUUAUAUAUCUGCAUAGUAAACAUUUGGUGGUCAUUGGUCAACUACGCUAUACAAAGCUUAGCACUCACCAUUGAUUACUUCUGCAACCGAAUACAAAUUUCAAUAACUUCGUUUGUAUGCAAUCGAGCAAAUACAAUCUAGAGCAACAAACAGUACUAUAAUGACAGGUGGCACAUCUUUGAUUGCGAAGUUUGAGCAAUAAUUGUCAUGACUUCGAUUGUGUUUGCCGUAUCUCAAUUGCUGCCAGUCAUUAUCGAUAUCAUGAUACCUGUAAACGAAUCUCGAUCAGCCCACUUGACCAAUAUGACAUUUAUUAUCAUACGAUCUAACGACUCGUCCUAUUUUGCAUUAUUUUCUUUGAUUAUUGUUAAUAUUUUGGGAGCAAUAGUGAUAACAACCACUGAAACGACUUACGUGAUACUCUGUCAACACCUUUUUGGGAUGUUUACAAUUGCAGGUAAUAAAAUCGAACAUGCGUUAGAUUGUGACAAAUAUGAAAUGUCUCCCAUACGUAAAAACAUCGUGAUUUUCUUAAGAAUUGUAAACGCUGUGAACACACACCAACGAUGUCUCACAUACAGCGCGAAAUGGUAUGAAGCUCCCGUAUGGAUACAAAAACUAUAUCUUUUCUUGAUGAUAGAAACUACAAUCGACUUAAAAAUAAUUCUUGGUUUCUAUACCCCAUCGGUAGAAGGUUUCUUCAGGGUAUCUAUAAUUUGUUGAAUUUUAUUUAUGUCUAUUUUUACUGCCAUUAACUUUCGGUAGUUUUACAUUCGUUAUUAAGAUCGACGAUUCUUUUUCUAGCUUGUAAAUUUAAGCGUCAGCUACCUUAUGGUGUUUCAUUCCAUGCAAAUAACGAAAUAAGAAAUUUUUUUAUUAGUCGAGGAGUUUACAAAUUUAAUUGAAUAAAUAAUAUAUCAGUUAUUAAACUGCAAUUUAUAUUCUUCCUUCUUCUAAUGCGUGACACGAGAAAGAAUUUUUUAAUUUCAGUUUCAAAGUUAAUAUUUUAUGCGAGUAUACAAACAGCAGCUCUUCCCUUUUGUUUGAGUAAGGUCAAGACCCUCGUUUAUGAAACGUUUAUUUUUUCACGAGAGUCCUUAUAUCGAUUUUCCUUUGCAUACCGUACUUUCCCCGUAACACACAUUCGCACCCCUUCACGACGAAUCGAUAUCUCCUGACACACAAAAGGAACUUCUUUCUAAGGAAUCCUUAUCCUCCUAUCCUUUCUCUUAUUUUAUCGAAUUUAUAUCAAAAUCACUGAAUAAUAUUAUUUAACAUAUUUUGAUAUAUUUUUUUUCCUAUAAUACAACGAGUAUUUUGAUACAAGAAGAUAAUUCUGCAGAAUAUUUCUUUCGUAUAAGCUCCACAAUUAUGGAGAUCUGUGGCAGAUGUAACAAUUACAACUACUUUUUAUUCAACUAUAAAUGAUUACGCAAAUUUAUAUUUUUUGGGGAUAUAUUUAAAGAUAAUGGAAUCUAGGCAGAGAAUUAUUUUAUCUACUAAAUAUUAUAAAUGAAAUACGUAAAAAUCUGCAGUGUACUUUUUAUAAUAAUUCUAUUGCAUUGGAAUUUUAUAGAAACUUCAAACGAGAUACUUUCACCUUCAACUAAUCGUAUGAAAUCUGCAUCAGAUUCUCUUCCUUAGAAACACGAUUUACAAUUGUGCAUAACUUUUGCUCAAUACUAUUGCUCGAAUUUCACUAUGAUCUUAUCAAAAACCAACUGUCUCUAACGCACAAAACACACAAAAGUUUUCUAUGAUAAAUGUCGAAAUAUUUUCGCGAAUCACUGUGCACAGGUAAGUGUACAACAAAGAACAAUCGAAGGUAGUUGAAAAAUAUAAAAGAUCUGCAUCUGUGUGAAUUUCAGAAAAUAGGAAGUGAUGUCGAGACACUUGGCGCGACAGUAAUUAUAAUUUCACCCCUAGAUAUAUUUCUUUUACCUUCGGUUGAAUUUCUUUUUUUACCCUCGCUACACAAGAAACCGAUGCAACUAUCGAUCCUUGCAAAUUGCCCGUGCUGUCAAUCAUUUCUGCCACUUCUUUCGAUAUUUCCCCACUUCCCUCCAUAUUUCCCCACUUCCCUCUUGAUAUUUUGCCACCUCCUUCCCCGUAUCUUGUCAUAAAUUCAGAAAGGGGGGAUUGUAUACCUGGCAACCGAUUGAGCGAAACACACUCGUGCUUCAGACUUCGUAGGAGAAUGACGUGCGUCAGGAGAUCCGACUACUCGUUCAUGAAGAAGCUUCUGCUGGUUUUGGGAUUCUGGCCAACUCCAAAUUCGAAGUUUCGUCUAUUUCGAAUCACUUUCUUUUAUACGGUUUACAUCGGUUAUCUACUGCUCGAGACAACAUGGUUUUACACGUUUGAGUGCGACAUCAAUUGCGUGGCGAAUGUUCUGUCCAUUUUUAUACAGAAUCUGAUGAUAGUUUUCAAAUACUUCAUUCAUCAUAGACAUAUGACUGCCGUAUACACUUUGUACACAGCGAUCGAAUUCGAUUGGAAAUUCUUGAGAAACGAUAAACCCAGCAUCGAAAUUCUUCGGAAAUAUGCAGAGUUGGUGAAUACUAUAUCGAUAUCGCUGAUGAUUCUCAUAUGUUCCGGUACCGUAGUCGUAAUUUUCAUGUAUCAGAUACUGCCUGUUCUUAAAAUACCAGAAGAAAAUUAUACUAGAUUCUGGCAACGACCGUUUGCUUUGAAAGCAUUAGGAAAAGCUGCAAGUUAUUCUACUCUCUAUCUGAUCUCCAUGAAUGUAUUUCUUAAUUAUAUAAUCUUGGCAGCUUUGGAAAUAACUUUUAUGGCUUUCUCAGAACACGUAUGUGGAUUGUUGAAAAUUACAAGCUAUCACUUGAGGUACGAUGCCAACGAAUAUAUUAAAGGAAUUUCUGGAUGCGAGAAAAAUAGUGACGUUUACACGAAGAUAAUAUUCGCCGUGCGUGUUCACAUAAAAGCGAUGAAAUAUGUGCAGAUCAUAUGGGACAUGUUCCAAAUGCAUUACACCAUUUUAGUACUUCUUGGUAUCAUUGGUGCAACCAUGGUGUUUGUCAGCUUCUAUCAAUUGGUGCAAACGAACGACGAGGGACGAAUGUUAAUGAUAAUACUCACCCUUUUAUUAUCUUUUAUUUGUCACGUUACAUUAACAAUGUACUUUGGCCAAAGACUAAUCGAUCACAGUUUAGGUGUCUUUUACGACGCAUACAAUUCUCAUUGGUACAAAAUCCCUGUGAAAGCUCAAAAAUUAUAUUUAAUGGUACUCACAGGAAGUGUAAGGGGCUGCUCGUAUUCCAAGGGCAAAUUAUUCGUUUCGUCGUUACAGGGUCUAACCGCGGUCUUAAACACAACGUUUUCGUAUAUCGCGUUCUUCUAUUCCGUAAAGAACUAAAGUUUUUAAGAAAGCUGAUAAAAGAUGGAACGAGACAUAAAUGAUGUUUGCUCUAAUAACAUUGACAUUUAACAGCCUGUUACGUAUCAUUGAUGUUGUUUGCACAAUAUGUGAAAUUAUC